AUGGUGGAAACUCUCCUGAUCACGUUGGAGAUUGCUUUUGGAUUCAUGAAUGACACCAAGGAAGAUGUGUUUGUCCAUCAGACUGCCAUAAAGAAGAAUAACCCCAGGAAGUACCUCCGCAGCGUAGGAGAUGGAGAGACCGUGGAGUUUGAUGUGGUUGAGGGAGAAAAGGGCGCGGAGGCAGCUAACGUUACAGGUCCUGGUGGAGUUCCAGUCCAAGGCAGUAAAUACGCAGCAGACCGUAACCAUUACAGACGAUAUCCACGUCGCAGGGGUCCUCCACGCAACUACCAGCAAAACUACCAGAACAGUGAGAGUGGGGAAAAGAACGAAGGAGCAGAGAACGUACCAGAAGGUCAAGCUCAGCAACGUCGUCCCUAUCGCAGGCGGCGGUACCCACCUUACUAUAUGCGUAGGCCCUACGGGCGUCGACCACAAUAUUCCAACCCUCCCGUGCAGGGAGAGAUAGUGGAGGGUGCUGACAGCCAGGGUGCAGGAGACCAAGGCAGACCAGUCAGGCAGAACAUGUAUCGAGGUUACAGACCACGAUUUCGCAGGUAUGCUGCAGAUCAA